AUGAUCGCUACUCUUCUCGCUUUUGCUAGUACGCUCUUCUUGAUAACAUGGCUGAAUCGGAGAUCAGGAUAUCCCUCGCAUUUGCCUCCAGGUCCUAAGCCCACCCCAAUUCUCGGAAAUCUGGGUGACUUCACUUCCAAAGAACUUUGGGUGAAGGCAGCGAAAUGGGCAGACAAAUACGGUGACGUGUGUUACCUCCAUGUCUUUGGAUGGAGCGUUAUAUUUCUUAGCAGUCCAGAUGCUGCCUUCGAGCUCCUCGAAAAGCGUGGGGCGAUGUACUCCGACAAGCCGAAGCUGAAAAUGGUUGGUGACCUAUGUGGAUGCAGGAAAUUGCUCCCGUUCCUUAGUUAUAGCUCUGAGUUCACUCAACAACGGCGCUACCUCAAACAAACUCUCGGCUCUCGAAGUAUACCUGCUUACUACUCUACAAUUCGAGCAUCGACCAACUCAUUCCUUGUCGAACUCAUCAACUCGCCUUCCCAGUACCUUGAACACCUGCGAAAAUACGCUGGAGGUCUGGUGCUGUCCGUCGGGUACGGUUAUCAAGUGCGCAGUACAGACGACAAGUUCCUUGUUCAAGCAGAAGAAUGUGUACAACUCCUUGCGAACCGCAUUGUAGCCGGAAGCGGGAUAUGGCUAGUAGAUGUCUUUCCGGUGAUGGCAUACCUUCCAUCCUGGAUGCCAGGGGCAGGAUUCAAGAAGAAAGCGAUGCUAUGGAAGAGAAUGAUGAGAGAGUUUGUGGAUGCGCCUUUCGAGGAAGCAAAGGCAUCAGUGAAAUCAGGAACGAUCCUUCCCUCCUUCUGCUCUGACAUUCUCGGCGGCGACGAGCCCCUCAACUCUUCGGAAGAAGAGAAUAUCAAGUACAGUGCAAACUCGAUGUUCGCUGCCAGUGCGGAUACGACUGUGACAACAAUGUCUCAUUUCAUUCUGGCCAUGAUGCUCUACCCCGACGUUCUAAAGAAAGCUCAAGCAGAAAUCGACCAAGUUAUUGGACCUGACCGACUUCCAGAUCUGAAUGAUAGACCUGCGUUACCUUAUGUGGACGCGAUCAUGUUGGAAGUAUGGCGUUGGGGUGCACCCGUUCCGCUGAAUCUACCUCAUUGUGUCCGACAAGAUGACCAAUACCGUGGGAUGUAUAUCCCCAAAGGUUCUUUCAUUAUUGUCAACAUAUGGGCCAUACUUCGCAAUGAGCAGUUAUUUCCUGAGCCGGAAAUUUUCAGACCCGAACGAUUCUUGCCAGUCCCCGGCGUCGUCCCCGACCCAAGACAGGAUCCCCGGAAUUAUGUUUUUGGUUUUGGGAGAAGGUAUUUGCGCUGUCCCGGUGCCGACCUCUCCGAGUCCUCCAUAUGGCUCCUCAUCGCCUCAAUGAUCGCCGUGUUGGAUAUCAGGAAGCCUGACGCAGGGGAUAUUCCGGUACGAUACAAUAAUUCGGUAUUCAGGGUGCCCGAUAAGCUGCAAUGCGAGAUCAAACCUAGGUCGGAUAAUGUAUUAAGUUUGCUUGAAUAA